AUGUAUGUGGAUACACUGAUUGAAAUGAUUUGUACCACUUUAGUUAAGCAUGAUACCCUAGAGGGUGUUAUGAAUGAAACUGAUAGUGCAGAUAAGAUUUUAGCAGGUAAUGUACCCAAUUAUUUGUAUAUUUUGGACGGUGAUUGUUAAAAAUUAAACCGUUAAAAAUUUUGUCGGAAAAAACACGGAAAAACGUGGAUAUUUGUAAGGAUAUUAUUGAACCGUUUUUUCAACAACAUUGGUAGUAUUAUCUAUAUAAGGUUAUGGUAUGCAGUAGUAUCAUAUUACAGCAUUAGAAAAUUAAAGCAUUAAAAAACAUUUUAUAUUUUUUAAAAGAUGUCGUCGCGUACUUAUUUUUUCGAGUCUGUAUCACCACUGUUUAAAAGUGUAAAAUGGGAGAGCUUAGUAGCAGUAUUACAAGAAAUGGGGAUGCUCUAUUUUAAAUAUUACAAUACGGACUACAAUUGUGUGUGAAAAUUGUAGGUGUUGUUCAAUUUGCCGACCGUGUAAAUAUGAGAAAAUUGCGGACGGCAAUGCUCAAUGUUGAAUUUCAGACAUCAUAUCUAGAAUGUGUACGACUUCCUAUGGUUUUACCUCAUUUACGAAUAUGGUUGCUAUGUUUGCAUCAUGAUCUUCCCGAGUCAGAAAUUAAAGAGCGUGGUAAUUUUGCAUUGGGUGGUAGAAAUCGAGAUUUAGAAGAUGAUAUGGCCCCUUAUAGAGCGUUGUUAAAGGAUUUUAUGAAAACUAAAGAUUAUACACUUUGUGUACAUUUAAAGGCGGGUCGUAAAAUAUGCAAGUAUGCUGAUGCACUAGAUAGGUUGCCCAUUGAUGGGGUAUAA